GCUGUUGUACUCCGAGUUGUCACAAUCCGACAGCUUUUUAGCUGAACGUUAGCAUCACGGUUGCAGUUGUUAUUUUUGUGUCAUUUUCACGGUUCGGUUCGAUUCGAUUCGAUAUGUCCAACAAGACGAAGGAGCUCCUGCAGAUGGACCUGUACGGGUUACUCGGUGUAGAAAACACCGCAACCGUCAAAGAGAUCAAGAAAGCUUAUCGACAGAAAGCUUUGAAAUGCCAUCCAGACAAGAACCCAGACAACCCAACAGCAGCGGAGCUCUUCCACCAGUUGUCUCAGGCUCUGGAGGUGCUCACCGAUGCUGCUGCCAGGGCUGCGUUUAAUAAAAUCUGUGCUGCCAAGAAACAAGCAGAGGAAAGAAACAGGAAACUAGACAACAAGAGGAAGAGAAUUAAACAAGACUUGGAGGCCAGAGAGCAAGAAGCAGAGGCCCAGAAUCAAGAGGAGGUGCAAAUCACUAGAACACUUGAAGAAGAGAUUUCCCGUCUGAGGGAGGAAGGAUCCAGACUGCUCGAGGAAGAACAGAGACUCAUCAGAGAGCAAAUUCAGAAAGAACAAGAAGCUCUGCAGCAAAACAAAAACAAAACAGGAUUGGAGAGAUGUUCCAGGAGCAGCAUGACCCCCAAGUUGAAAGUGAGGUGGAAAUGUAAAAAAGAUGACGAAACAAACGGCGGUUACUCUCGAGACCUUCUUUUCAAACUUUUUCAUAAGUAUGGGGAUGUUUUGAAUGUGGUUGUACUGAGUACGAAGAAAGGAAGUGCACUGGUUGAAUUUGCAACUGUGAGAGCAGCUGAGCUGGCUGUUAAGCAUGAACAUGGCCUGAGUGAAAACCCCUUGAAGAUUUUGUGGAUUGAAGGACAACCAGAGGUUGUUGUUCCAGUGUCUCAGCCCGGACACUGCAUGUCUUCACAGAGUUCAUUACGAAAUGAGCGUGACUACGAGAGUGUGGUGAUGAUGCGGAUGAGGCAGGCUGCAGAGCGACAGAAACUCAUCGAAGAAAUGCAGAGAGAAGACGAGCAGGACGCGGCCAGGUCUUAGCGCUGAGGGACCUGUCCUGGUCCCUGCAGUUCAGGCUUUAAUUUAAUAAAACCUCUAAUGUCUUUACUUCUAUGUAAUUUAUUGUGUGGCAGAAUAUUUUUUUAAUAAAAUACAGAGCUAUUUAGAUG